GCAAUUAGAGUCUUAAAGUUUUAUACUUUUAACAGCAGCAGCAACACCAUCAGAAACCUCUUCCUACAAGUCUGUGCAGCCUCUGAUCAGUCACUAACCAGUCACGAAACGCCAACAAUGGGAAGGGUGUCCAAUUUGGAAGUGCAAGUGCACAUUUAUUUUCAUCAGGAAACACCAUCAGACCUAAUCGGCUUUCCCCAGCCAUAACCCAAGAAGUCAAGAUGCAUGCACUCAGACGGGCCAUGUCUGAGACGUCUAAGCUGUCAGACAAAGUCCAGACAGUAUUUAACCAGAGAACCAUGUCAAAAUUGCCGGUCGCACUAAUGCAGAGAUGCCAACGUCACACUAGGGCAGUAGUCUCCUGAACAGAGUGACAAACUUCUCCAUAUGUGCACGCAAGCGGAUGCUGACCAGAAUCGCUAUCCCAAAUGCCUCCUGUGUUUGCCCCCAUCGAACUCUAAAUCACUUUCAAAACACAUCUCUUUCAGCUUGAACCUGAAAGACUCAGCUUGCAGCUUACUUCCUGACCUGCUGUCAAUAAAGCGUAUCCUAUCCAAGGCAAAAUUAAUCAACUACUGCUAUUUCAGAAGCCCCUCGUGAACAUCCAGGGCUCAAUUCAUAUGGCCAUGGCUUGAUAUCCCAUUCUAACAACACACAUGCAGUAUUUUGUUGUCACCCCUUGUUCCUGCUCAUCUCAGGGCAGUUAUCUUGCAUCUAGUGACUUCCUGGCUCUUCCAUUGUGUG